UAUGUGCAUCGAGUGUGGAAGAUUUUUCCGUACAAUACAAAUGCUCAGAAAUCAUGAGAAUGUUCACAGAGGCGAAAAAAAGUUCAAAUGUUUAGACUGUGGGAGAACAUAUGCUUAUUCAUCAUCCCUUAGAAAUCACUACCAAAACCAUACGGGUGAGAAACACCACAAAUGCUCAGGGUGUGAGAAAUCUUUUACCUGGAAAAGUUCACUUGUGAUGCAUCAAAGAACACACUUAGAGACGCCAUAUAAAUGUCCAGAGUGUGAGAAAACUUUUCGUUCCAAAUAUUAUCUUAGAAAACAUGAGACGCUUCACGAAGGAGAGCAACCGUUCAAGUGUGUGCAGAAAAAUAUAAAGUGUCCAGAAUGUGGGAAGUGUUUUCGUCAAAAGUCACAAGUUAUUGAACAUCAGAGAAUUCACACUGGAGAAAGACCCCAUCAGUGCCCAGAAUGUGGAAGAUGUUUUGGCUACAAGAAAAGUCUACUUCAACAUCAGAAACGUCACACUGGAGAAAGACCCUAUCAGUGCCCAGAAUGUGAGAAAACAUUUCUGGUGUCUGCUGAUCUUCGGCAGCAUCAGAGGACGCACACAGGAGAGAGGCCGUAUAAAUGUAAGGAUUGUGAUAAAUGUUUUUCUUUUAACGCAGCUCUUUUUCAACAUAAAAGUAUCCAUACAGGUGUAAAGCCCUAUAUGUGCAUCGAGUGCGGAAGAUUUUUCCGUACAACACAAAUGCUCAGAAAUCAUGAGAAUGUUCACAGAGGCGAAAAAAAGUUCAAAUGUUUAGACUGUGGGAAAGCAUUUCGUUGUCAAUCAACCCUUACAAGUCACUGCCAAGCCCAUACAGGUGUGAAACCCCACAAAUGCUCAGUGUGUCAGAAAUCUUUUACCUGGAAAGGUACACUUGUGAGGCAUCAGAGAACACACUUAGAAAAGCAAUAUAAAUGUCCAGAGUGUGAGAAAACUUUUACCCGGAAAGAUAAACUUGUGAUGCAUCAGAGAACACACUUAGAGAAGCAAUAUAAAUGUCCAGAGUGUGAGAAAACUUUUACCCGGAAAGGUACACUUGUGAGGCAUCAGAGAACACACUUAGAGAAGCAAUAUAAAUGUCCAGAGUGUGAGAAAACUUUUCAUUGCCAAUAUUAUCUUAGAAGACAUGAGAGGCUUCACAAAGGAGGGCAACCGUUCAAGUGUGUGCAGAAAAAUGAAAAGUGUCCAGAAUGUGGGAAGUGUUUUGGUCAAAAGUCACAAGCAAUUGAACAUCAGAGAAUUCACACUGGAGAAAGACCCCAUCAGUGCCCAGAAUGUGGAAGAUGUUUUGGCUACAAGAAAAGUCUACUUCAACAUCAGAAACUUCACACUGGAGAAAGACCCCAUCAGUGCUCAGAAUGUGGGAAAUCUUUUGUUCAAAAGUCAUCCCUAAUUCAACAUCAGAGAAUUCACACCAGAGAAAAACAUCACUGCUCAGAAUGUGGGAAAUGUUUUGGCUACAAGAAAAGUCUACUUCAACAUCAGACAAUUCACACCGGAGAAAGACCCCAUCAGUGCCCAGAAUGUGGGAAAUGUUUUGUUGAAAAGUCAUCCCUAAUUAAACAUCAGAGAAUUCACACUGGAGUAAAACCCUAUCUGUGCUCAGAAUGUGGUAAAUGUUUUGGCUACAAGGAAACUCUACUUCAACAUCAGAAACGUCACACUGGAGAAAGACCCUAUCAAUGCCUGGAAUGUGAGAAAACAUUUGUGCUGUCUGCUGAACUUCGGAGGCAUCAGAAGAAGCACACAGGAGAGAGGCCAUAUAAAUGUGAGGAGUGUGGGAAAGGUUUUCUCACAGGAACAUUGCUUCGGGUUCAUCAGAGAAUCCACACGGGGGAGAAGCCGUAGAAAUGUGUGGAGUGUGGGAAAUGUUUUUUCCAAAAAAAAUACCUUGAAAGGCAUCAAAAGGUCCAUAUGCAAGUGAAGCCUUAGAGAUGCAUAGAAUGUGGUAAAGUUUUGCUCAAAAGUGAGAUAUCAGAAAACUGGCAUGGGAAAAGCCCUAAUAGCCCCUGAUGGUAGAACAGUUUUUCGUACGUGUUCAACCCUUAGAAGUCGUAUAAGAGUUCAUAAAGAGUGGGGGAUUAGAAACUCUCAGAUCGUGGGACAGAAAAGUGGGCGAAAAUGUUCUUAAUCAACCGUCCCUUAAAAAUCACACUCUAAUCCAGAUAGGAAAGAUGCACUUUAAGUCUUUGAAGUGUGACGUAUGGUUUGUUUGGAAAAAUACAAUUUCAGCAUCAGUGAAUUCUUACUGGAGAGAAUCUUUUAUCAGGGCUUAGAAUGUGGCAGAGAUUUUUAUCUGAUCAUCAAAUCUUCAGGUGCGCAUGAAAAAUCCACACAGGAGGAAAAUCUUACAGGUGUGUAACAUGAGAAUACAUUUCCUUGCGCAUUGGAACUUCUUGCCUCCUGGAGAUUGUCCAUUAAA